AUGGCGUCCACCCUCCCCGGCGCCGCCGCCGGUGGCGGCGACAGCCUGUACGACGCCCUCGGCGUGUCCCCGACCGCGACCGCGGAGGAGAUCCGUAAGACGUACCGCAAGCUCGUCCUCAAAUGCCACCCCGACAAGAUCCGCGACGAGCGCGAGAAGCCCGCGGCGGAGAAGCGGUACCACGCGAUCGUGACCGCGUACGAGGUGCUGUCCGACCAAGUGAAACGCUCCGAGUACGACAAGCGAUCGCGGCUGAACGGCGCGGCCGGGGACGACGUCCUCGUGAACGUCACGCUGAAGGAAGCGCUGACCGGCGCGACGAAGCUCGCGAUGGUGCCGCGCAGAAAAAAGUGCCCCUGGUGCGCGGGCGUCGGGCUGAAGUGCGAGCCGUGCGACGCGUGCGACGGCAAGCGCGUCGUCGCCUCGGGCGCGCCGUGCGCCAAGUGCGACGGCCGCGGCUUCGGCGCGCCGGUGACGUGCGCGAACUGCAAAGCCCUCGGCGCGACGGAGGACUUUUUCCAAGGCCGCGUCGUCGUCCCUCCGGGCGUGGCGCACGGCGCGCGGAUACAGAUCACGGGCGUGAAGGUCCACGCGAAGAUCCACGUGAUGCCGUCGAAGCUGUUCGCGCGCGACGGCGCGGACAUCAUCUCCACGCUGCGGCUCAGCGCGGAGGACGCGGCGCGGGGCGGGUUUUUCGACGUCGAGACGCUGAGGGGCGCGGAGACGACGUGGGUGGACGAGGGCGCGAAGACGGGCGACGUCAAGGUGCGUUCUAUACACUGGUCCCCAUACGACCGCGUUGGCGUGGUGAACGCCAUUCCUUAA